AUGGAAGACAAAUCCAAUUCGUUCUCGAGCAACAAAGAGGAGAAAGCGGAUGGGAAUAAUGUGUUCCAGAGGCAAGACUCGAUCUUGAAGAACAGCAUGGGGAGCCAGAACAUGAAAGACCACGGCAACUCAGUGGGUUCAAAGGGGGACCGGGAAGAAGCCAUGGUCGGGUUUGAAGAUAUAGACGCCGCGUCCAGGCAACACGGGUUUAUGCAGCGGCAAUUUGGAGCCAUGAUGCAGCCCGGCGUGAAUAAGUUCUCCUUGCGGAUGUUCGGGAGUCAGAAAGCUGUGGAGAAAGAGCAGGAGAGAGUGCAGACGGCUGGAUAUUGGAUCAUUCACCCCUAUAGUGAUUUUAGGUUCUACUGGGACUUGAUAAUGCUCAUCAUGAUGAUGGGGAAUCUAAUUAUCAUUCCUGUGGGAAUUACCUUCUUUUCCGAGCAAACCACCACCAGCUGGCUCAUCUUUAACGUGGCCUCGGACACCAUCUUCCUGGUGGACCUGGUCAUGAACUUCCGAACGGGAAUUGUGAACGAGGAGAGCUCAGAGAUCAUCCUGGACCCAAAGGUCAUUAAGAUGAACUACCUGAAGAGUUGGUUCGUGGUAGACUUCCUGUCCUCCAUCCCGGUGGAUUAUAUCUUUCUAAUAGUGGAGAAAGGCUUCGAUUCGGAGGUCUACAAGACGGCCCGAGCGCUGCGUAUCGUACGCUUCACCAAAAUCCUCAGCUUGCUUCGUCUUCUCAGGCUUUCACGCCUCAUCAGAUACAUCCAUCAGUGGGAGGAGAUUUUUCAUAUGACGUAUGACCUGGCGAGUGCAGUGGUAAGAAUCUUUAAUCUGAUUGGCAUGAUGUUGUUGCUGUGUCACUGGGACGGAUGCCUGCAGUUUCUGGUGCCUCUCCUGCAAGACUUCCCUCCUGAUUGCUGGGUGUCGCUAAACGGUAUGGUUAACGACUCCUGGGGAAAGCAGUACUCUUACGCCCUAUUUAAGGCCAUGAGUCACAUGUUGUGUAUCGGGUACGGAGCCAGAGCGCCCGUCAGCAUGUCGGACCUUUGGAUCACCAUGCUAAGUAUGAUUGUGGGCGCCACCUGUUACGCCAUGUUCGUGGGUCAUGCCACAGCCCUCAUCCAGUCUCUGGACUCAUCUCGACGGCAGUACCAGGAGAAGUACAAGCAAGUGGAGCAGUACAUGUCCUUCCACAAGCUUCCAGCUGACAUGCGGCAGAAAAUCCACGAUUACUAUGAACAUCGCUACCAGGGAAAGAUCUUCGACGAGGACAGCAUCCUUAACGAGCUCAACGACCCGCUCAAAGAGGAAAUUGUGAACUUUAACUGUCGUAAGCUGGUGGCCACCAUGCCGCUGUUUGCAAAUGCAGACCCUAACUUUGUGACGGGAAUGCUGAGUAAGCUAAAGUUUGAGGUCUUCCAGCCUAACGAUUACAUCAUUCGCGAGGGGACCGUGGGUAAAAAGAUGUACUUCAUUCAGCAUGGAGUGGCCAGCGUCAUCACCAAAUUCAGCAAAGAGUUGAAACUCACCGACGGAUCCUACUUUGGAGAGAUCUGCCUGUUGACGAAAGGUCGUCGUACAGCUAGCGUCCGCGCUGACACCUACUGCCGACUUUUCUCACUGUCCGUGGACCAUUUCAACGAAGUCUUGGAGGAAUAUCCCAUGAUGCGCCGCGCUUUCGAAACCGUGGCUAUCGACCGUUUGGACCGCAUCGGGAAGAAGAACUCACUCCUGCUCCAGAAAUUCCAGAAGGAUCUGAACGCUGGCGUCUUCAACACUCAGGAGAACGAGCUGCUGAAGCAGAUCAUCCGGCAGGACCGAGAGAUGGUGAUGAUGGUGGAUCGGAAGCAAUCAGUCACAGGGAUGAACUCCACGCCGAUGUCUGGAAACUCCAUCAUUAACUCUCCCGCCCAGCCACCGUUCAGUACAGCGACUGCUAUUCUUGGGAUCAACCAAUUACAGCAGCAGGCCGCCCCACUAAGCUACAGCACCUCCGCCACUAUAACCCCGUCAGGCCGCGUGCCGCCCUCACAGGGCAUCAUGUUUUCGGCGCCGAGCGUUUCUCACGGCAACUUGAGCACCUCUUCCCCGAAUCCCCCUACACCCUUGCAGCAGCCGGUGGGGGCCAUCAUGUCCCCUUGUUCGUUCACCACAUCCAUUUGCAGUCCCCCAGUGCAAACCCCUAUAGCCAGCCGAACAUUCCAGUAUGGAUCGCCGACGGCCUCCCAACUGUCCCUUGUACAGCAACCCUUACCCCAGCAGCCCUCGCCUGCCUCCAUUCCGCAACAACCGCAGCAAUCGCAAGGGGCGUCCCCUCAGAGGAGCGAUGUUCACAAGAGCACGCAGGCACUCCAGUCAGGCAGCCUGAGCAAGGACAUACGCCACCUCUCUGCCUCGCAGCCGUCACUGCCCCACGAGACCUCAUUGGCUGCCCGGGCACAUCCCACAUCGGGCGAAUCGCUCGCUUCCAUUCAGCCACCCAUGGGAUCUGCGGCAGGCGUCCAGGCCCCAGGCUCCGUUCUGCAAAGCGGCAUCCGCACCAACGUUCCACAGAGGGUUGCCCUUUUCCGGCAGAUGUCAUCGGGCGCAAUACCGCCGGUGCGCACGGUGCCCUCUAGUGCCCAGCACAGGGAUUCCACGGGCUCCAGGAGAGAGUCGGCAGUCUUAAGUAGUACAGAGACGGAACAAGACAAGAUGCGGUUCGCAUCGAAUUUAUGAUCCCGUUUUACUUUUUUUCCAUGUUCAUUUUUUUUAAAGAUAUUUUGAUUGAUUUUUACAGAGAGACUAAAAAAUGGGGAAAAGACUCAUAUUUUUUUUCUCCAAAUUCCUCUGAGAAAAAAAUAACCUCAUAGCUAUCCUGUACAGAAUUUCCUUGUAUUAUAUUUUAGACACACCUCCCCUUCAGCUUAUAUUAAGAAUGUAUAUUAUACAAAUAUAUAUAUGUGCAAAUCCAACUAGAAUAUUUGGCCAUAUGGGAAAGAAAAAAAAAACUCUAGUAUAAACGCAAGUCUUCCUCUCUAACAUAUGUGACUAUAACGUGUCAGAUUAUGUUCUUUUCUGUUGAUGUUUUCCUUGCGGUUCGGAUUUUCGUUAUCGUUUUUGGUACUGGAAUGCUUUUGAAUGUGUUUUCUUUACCGUUUUUGUGCUCAACGAGAAGAUGACAAAACAAGUACAGCAUUCAGCAUCUUUUGGCAUCACUGUGGAAAAUGUUUGCGCAAAUCAAACCUGGGAAAUACUGAAAUGUUUAAAAAGCACAUCUAAAAACAUUUAGCGGCUGGGAAAAAAAAAUAAUAUCAGAAAAUGCUCGGAGCAUCAGAUCAAGGUGCAGAUUCGAUCUCUGCAAUACUUUGUGUUGUGCAGUAAUUGCGUUGCGUUUCAAGACAGCAUUUGUGCGUUAAAGGGAAUCAAUGUAUUUUUUUCUGUUUUUUUAUUUUAAUUUAUUUCAUUUUUACAAAGGAUGUGUGGUCAAAUCGGAUGGUUUUAUUUUCUAUAUCUGAUUUUAGAACGAGAUGGACAUUAUGAAAUGUCACUUAAAGACUGUACAUUUACAAUAUUUAUAAAACUAAAGAUUAUCACCAUUAUGCAAUAGACUGUGAUAUAAAUAUUACCUAUAUGUGUGUUGUACAUAGUUUUGUAGACCUAGUAUUUACAAAAGUAAUGUGUGGUGCAUUUCUCAAACAUGGCAAUGUCUUAUCUCUGUCAGCUGCCUGGGUAAUGCCUAUAUAUGCAUAUAUAUAUAAAUAUAUAUAUUCAAAUGGUAAUAUGUGACAACAAACAUCAGAAACAUUCAUUAGAGAUAAGAAAACCUUAAUGCAAAUAGUAGCAUUACACUGUAGGUAGUAAUAAAGACAAUAUCUGUAUUCAAAAAUAUCGUGCUGGUCAAAGAUAAAGGCAUAUGAGUGAUUACAGUGGCAUGACACCACUGCGGUGGGGGAGGGGGGUUAUGCAUCUUCAUCAUCAUCAUCAUCAGCAAAGCUUAAUGCAUUUUGCCUAUGUUACAUCAUCAUUUUAGUAUGUUUAUUUGAUCAUUUCCUGGGCUGAUGUAACAAGGAAGCCAUAGGCUGCCUGCAUACAUCGAUAGAUGCUUUGUUUUAUAAUACUUUCAUAUUAAUAGUGUUUUUUUUCCGCAUGGAUCAGUAUUAAUGGAUGUAAACACUACUCCAACUUCAUAAUAUUACAUAGACGUAGAUGUUCUGGCUAUGCAUUUUCCAUUAUUUUUGCAUUUAAAGACUGUGAAAAACAUUCUAACUUAACAUUUAUUUAUGUAUUUAUUUACUAAUGCUCUGCUAGAUUUACAAAACACAUCAACUGAGAUAUGAAACAUAAAAAUCCGUAAACCGAUGGCACAGGAGACACAACACAAUUAUGAAAACGGCCAGCAGAACUAUUCUGUAUGUUUUCAAGAGCAACUACGUGAAUCCAACAAAGGAUAGAUGAACAAAUAUAGACGUUCAAAGAAAGAAAAACAGAAGCUGCUUUGCAUUAAGGUUUUUAUCUUUCCCAUACAUCGAUUCAUCCAGUUUGGGGCUUAAGACUUUGAAAUAGCAUGUCAGUCAUCCAUGUUGGUAGUAAAACAGAUUUAACUAGGGGUAACUAGCAGCACUGACCCCAUCUAUUUUUAAUUUAUUCUGUCAAUACAGCAAAAGUUGGUAAAAUAGCUCAAAAACUCAUCUGACCUGUGCAAAGUCUCCAAGCCCCCUUGCACAAUGUUUAAAGACGACAAUACU